AUGGAAAACAUUUCCCCGGCGCACCCGGCGCACCCGGCGUUCGUCUAAAGCGAAAAAACAACCGACGAGAAAAAACGCUUCACCUCAUCAGUGAGCCUUCAUCUUACUCAUUUCCCAAAACUGAACAUUUUUCUUCUUAGAAUCCGUCGAGAAACAGGAAUAAUAAGCAGCACAAAAAGCACUCGAGUGCCUUAAUGGCCGUCUUGGCUACCUUCUCUCUCCCCAUUACCAGCCUAACACCAAGUGUCAAGAGGUUUCAUCUCUCGCCGCCGGCGAGGCUCUCCUCAUCGAAUCAGUUCUCACAUCGGCGAAUCGUUCGUCGGUUACAGAACCGCCGCCGGAGUUUCGUCUGGUCGAUGUUCACCGACGAGGAACAGGGGACGGUGGUUCCGGCGUCGGUGCCGGUUCGUGUAGCCUAUGAGCUCCUGCAGGCGGGACAUCGUUAUCUGGAUGUCAGAACGGUUGAUGAAUUCAAAGCGGGUCAUGUGGUGGGGGCAACGAACAUUCCUUUUAUGUUAAAGUCUGGAUCAGGAAUGACGAAGAACCAAAACUUUUUGGAUGAAGUUUCAAAUAUUUUUGGAAAGGAUGAUGAAAUAUUGAUUGGUUGCCUGAGCGGGAAGAGGUCGCUCAUGGCUGCAUCCGAGCUUUCAUCUGCGGGUUUUACAGGAUUGACAGAUGUUGCCGGGGGCUAUGCUAGU